AUGGAAAGGUCCUCGUCGUCGUCGGGCGCGACCUCGACAAGCGGCGACUCGUCGUCCGCCGCGAAGGUUUCUCCGUUGACCGUCCUCAUGAACUCGAGCGACUCGACGGGGUCGGGCCACAUCUUCCGGAUGAUUGGGCCUGUGUGAGACCUCCCUUGCCGUCGAUCAUCUUGCGUUGGCGGGGCGUCUGUAGAGCGUCGUCGCGGCGUUUUAGGUCCGGGCCGCGGGCGAGUACGUCGAGUCGGGCAACGCCGACAUCCGCUACGCGAUCAAGUACCAGACGGAGUUGAGGAGAAGGUACUGCUGCUGCUGCGUCAUCGUGCUGGUGGUGUUGGCCGUCAUACUCAUCUACCUCGCGGUCACGAACCCGCGGCUCUUUAAGAAGAUUAAAUAAGCUAC